GACCAUGACUCAAGAUCUAUUUGGCUGCCCACCAAGUGUUUGCCAAAAGUCCUCCACGAACAGAGGAAAACAAAGGAUUCAUGUUUCUUGAGUCACAAGGUGCCUUGGGAGUAUAUUAAUUCACCAAGAAUGGUGUUUGCAGCUACAAUGCAUAGGUUUCUUUUACCUUUCCACCCUCUUUUGAACCAGUGCCAUUUGGUACGUUCGGUGUCAUCACUGCAAAAGCUUGAGAAGGAUAUUAGAGCUGAAGUGGAAGCCAAAAACUAUGUUAAAAUCCCUGACCUUCUCAUUCCCUUAGAGUCCUGUCAUAGUUCAAAGAAUAAUCCUUUUUCUUUCUUUUCUUCAUUUUCCCAGAACAUGCAAGUGCAAGUUAUUGAUGAAAUGUUGCAAUCUUUUAUACCUCUCAGACCUCGCUCUAAGCCUAAGAUAGCCCUUUCCUUCUUGCUAACUUACACCCUCCAAAGUUCUCAUCCGCUCCCAAUUGCACUUGCUGUCUUACAACGGACUCUGCGUUCUGGCUGCUUUCCAGUUCCUCAGACACAUGUUCUCCUCACUUCUGCUUGGUUGGAUCACCGUUGUCUCUCUCAUUCUGUAGCUAAUGUUUUGCUUGAGAUGCAAUCAAUUGGAUAUCAUCCUGACUGUGGGACUUGUAAUUAUCUACUAUCGUCUCUUUGUGCAGUUGGUCAAUUGGCAGAGGCAGUUAAAGUCUUGAAUGGCAUGGGUGGAGCAGGAUGUAUUCCCGAUUUUAAUAGUUAUGGCAUUGUAAUUGGUGCAAUAAGCAGAGCCAGAAAGACUGCUGAGGCAGUGGACUUGAUGAAGCAAAUGGUUGUGAAAUAUGGGUUGACUCCAGGACAGGGAACACUAGUGAAAUUGUUUGCAGCAUUGCGGGCAAACAGGGAGAUAUGGAAAGCUGUUGAGAUUAUUGAGUUACUGGAGAAAGAGGGUCACUCUGUUGGGUUCGAGAGUUAUGAGGCAGUCAUUGAAGGGUGCUUGGAGAAACAUGAGUAUGUUUUAGCUGGAAAGGUUGCAAUGGGAAUGACAGAAAGAGGUUUUAUACCAUAUAUCAAGGCCAGGCAGAAAAUAAUUGAAGGCCUAGCUAGCAUAGGAGAGUGGAAGAUAGCUUGUGCUGUGAGACAAAGAUUCACAUCACUAAAAUCUUAGCUUUGAAACGAUUUAGAAUUGUCAAAUAACAAUUCUUGAUGUUGAAGGAGUGACUACGUAAUGCAAUAAAAUUAUGGAUUUUCAAAAUCUAUCGAGCUAUAAUCUUUGAAGUUAAAGCAUGAAAAAAAUGUAAGUAUAUAUAACACAGAUGGAUUUUCUUUGAGCUUUUGAAUACAUUCCAUUAUAACAUGACUUUUUAGCGAUAUUAGUCUCGUAGGAUUGUCUAAGAAAAUGACUGACGUAGAAGCUUGUCGCAGAAAUAAAUGCACCAUAUUAUUAACUGCUCUCGUAGGAUUGUCUAAGAAAAUGACUGACGUAGAAGCUUGUCGCAGAAAUAAAUGCACCAUAUUAUUAACUGCUCUAUGUCAUGUCCUUUUUGCUCUAGUGUUACAUUGUUUUUUGUUUUACUAGUUUUCACAUUCAAUACAUGUAAUUCAUAUAGAAUCAAUGGACUUAGAUUUAGUUUAUCUUUUCACUAGAAUUGGUUAAGCUAUCUUCUUUUCCAUUUGUUGAAGUUUUGUUUUCUUUUUUGAUAAUAUUAUAACUUCUCCUUCCCCCAUUUUGUUCCUAACUUUUGGUUCCCAAAAUAUUUCCGAAUCUUCUUGCAUGUUACUCAAUUUCAUAUGAUAGUUUCGAGGCCAUAGUUGAACACUUCUAAAGCUUUGUAAUAAUCUUCUUGAGCUAACAUGUUUCAUUCUAUAAUCACGGCCUGUCACUAGGCUACAAUACUGCUUCAUCUGUGAUGACAGGAUAGCUAGCAUCCGUAGUAAUGCCACAAGUCCCAUCUUCGUCCAUGGUUUCACGCUUCAUCCUAAUAUAGCCAGCUUCACCCCAGUUACUUGCCCAUGAGUUUUCCACUAGUCAAUACUUGAUACCUUCUUCUCCAUAUCCAACUAUAGUCACAGCAUGACUUAGGUCCCUUCCACAAUUUCAUGAAAAGACACCGCUUGAAUAAAGUUGAAAUGGCAAAACAGGCUUCCCGUUCUUCUCUAUGUUGUGCAUGUCUGGCCAUGUCAUUUCAGCCAACUUUCAUAUCUGCUGCUCAAGAUUUUGUUUACUUCAGAUGAAUUAUUCUUGUGGCUUUCAGAACAUGCAUUCGCAGUUAUCCAUAGAUUGCACGCUACAUGGACACAAAGGAUUUUACUAAUCUUCAUGGUUUGUCUUAGUGCAAAUUGGAGAACAAGAAUCUGAUUUGAUUUGAUUUUUACUAUGAACAAUCUGCUUUUAUUCUUAAAGAAUAUAGAGGGUAAGACUCUUGUCUUGCUUAAUGCUUUUAUUGUUUACCCAUUUCAAUGCAUGCUCAUUCUUUUUAGAGGCAUUGCGGCUGCAUAUUUAUGUUCUUGUACCCAUGCCUUUCAAUUCUUAUGCUUCUGAGUUUUAACAAAGCAAGGAUUCUGUGUACAUUUAUUUUGCAUGACCAAGAAGCAUAAGGUCUUGAACUUGCACAAGGGUA